AUGGCGGAAAACAACGCAACAGCUAGCAAUGGCUCUGCCAAGCAGCCCGUGGUUGCCGUAUUCUGCGGCGCUUCCAGUGGCACAUCGCCAGUCCACAUGGAGGCAGCGAGGCAACUUGCGCAUGCUCUCCACAAGGCCAACACCAAGGUCGUGUACGGCGGCGGCACUGUCGGCCUCAUGGGCGAGGUAGCACGAACCCUCGUCUCGCUGUCGGGCCCCGACUCGGUCCACGGCAUCAUCCCCGGCGCCCUCACUCAACUCGAGCAGCACAACGACCUUGCCAACCCUAACGGCCACUCUAUCGACGCAGACAAAUAUGGACGCACUACUGUUGUCAAGGACAUGCACACUCGAAAGCAGAUGAUGGCUCAGGAAGUUGUCAAGGGUGGGCCAGGCGGCGGCUUCGUUGCUCUACCUGGUGGCUACGGAACAUUUGAGGAACUGAUGGAGAUUACCACCUGGAACCAGCUAGGCAUCCACGACAUGCCUGUCAUCGUGUACAACGUGGACGGCUAUUGGAGUGGUCUCAUUGAGUGGGUCAAGAACGCUGUGACCAGCGGUUUCGUUGCGCCUACCAAUGCUGGCAUCAUCUCUGAGGCUCUUAGCGCCGACGAAGUGAUAACACAUCUGAAGGAGUAUCAGAGUGCGCCUGGACGCUUCAACUUGACCUGGGAGGAGCAGUAA